AAAUGAAUCAGUCAGAUUCAGUUGUCUACAGAGCUUUUACCUACAUCAACAUCAACAGUGGCCUUGUUUUUUUUAAGAUUGCAUGUUUGCAAGCAGAAUUGAGGGGAGUGGGGGUUUAUGCGAUCGCCUCCUACUCCUCAGAAGGCAGCCCGCCCUCCGGCCUCUCUUUCUCCGCCUCCUCUUCACGCAGAUCACUGGGGUCGGGGCCUGUUCCCGAGGGAGCCGUAUAUCAUGAAAGAAAAAAAGGAUCCUGCUAGUCCGUGGAUGAUGAGAUCGACCACGAUGUUCCUCUUGUUGACUCUCCUGGGACUGGCAUGCUCUAUUGGCCCUACAGUCCCAAGAAAUCUUGCCUUGCGUGGAAAAGCUACACAGUCAGACCUCAUCGAGAACAUAUGGCACGGUUACAGUCAUGCCUCCAAUGCCAUUGAUGGGAACCGCGAUUCACAUUUCCAUCAUGGGUCCUGCACUGCCACUGACGAAUCCACUAACCCCUGGUGGAGAGUGGACCUGCUUGAUACCUACAUAGUCACCUCCAUCACCGUCACCAACAGAGGGGAUGCUGUUCCUGAGAGGCUUAACGGGGCUGAGAUACGAAUAGGAAAUUCUUUAGUGGACAAUGGCAUUCAUAACCCUCUGGUUAAAACAAUUCCCUCUGUUCCAGCUGGCAGUUCUCUCAUCCUUGAUUUUGACCCAAGUUUCGAAGGACGUUAUGUGAUUGUGGUUCUACCAGGCCAGAAUAGACUUCUGACACUCUGUGAAGUGGAGGUUUACGGAUACCUUGCCCCAACUGGAGAUAAUGUGGCUCUAUAUGGAAAGGCCACCCAGUCGUCUUUGUAUGAGUUUGGCAUUCCAGGCAAUGCUAUUGACGGGAAUCGCAACGCUAUUUUGAUAGGAGGGUCCUGCACCCACACUCUACAGGACAUCAACGCCUGGUGGAGGGUGGACCUUCUGAAGACCUACAAAGUGUUCUCCAUCAUCAUCACCAACACAGUCGAUGGUGAUCCCAGCAGACUCAAUGGAGCUGAGAUUCACAUUGGAGAUUCCCUGAAAGACAACGGCAUCAAUAAUCCUAGGUGUGCUGUGAUCUCCUCUAUCCCAGCUGGCAAUUCAAGCACGUUCCAGUGUCCGGGCAUGGAGGGUCGAUAUGUCAUCGUGGUCAUUCCAGGGAGGAAGGAGUACCUGACCUUGUGUGAGGUGGAGGUGUACGGAUCACCCCUGGAUGGGACUGGGCCUACAUGUAACUAAAUCAGAUCAUUAAUUCUUAACAGCACCCUGCAAUGUUUGGGGAAUGUAUUGUCUUACGAAAACAAUUCAACUUUUUAGUAUACUAUCACUAUUCUGUAAGUUCGUCUUGCACACUGUUUUGGGAUGUUUGGGUAUAAAUGGACGAACACUUUUUGUAACACUUUUCAUUCCUAACACAUGCAUAAUGGCUUAAUGAUGUUAACACAACUGUAUUAACACUUAGGGAAUUGGCAUUAAAUUAUAAAACAAGAAAACAUUAAAGAAAUGUUUAAACCAUA